AUAUAAGGUUCGAUAUCGCAUUUUUGGCUUAACACCAUGUUGAGCAUUCCGCUGCUUCUCGUCGUAAUUCUGGCCAGUUCCUGGGCCGCAGACUACGAACUUCUGCUCGAGGACCCCGAUGUUUUCGCACCCUGCACUGAGCCACCUCCAGGAUCGAUAGGUAUUGACGAGGCUUUCAACUUGGACGGUCUGUCAUUCAAUCAGGACUCGGAAAUUAUACACAUCUCUGAAAAUAUCACCACGAUGUGGGAUGUGCAGCCCGACGAUCGUGUUUCCGCCAGGUUCGUGGUGUUGCGCUUCAAUCGCGGCAGCUGGGAACCGACCCUCUUCAGUAUGGUCUCGCCGAACUUUUGCAAAGACAUGUUCGACGAGAAUCAGUCCUGGUUCAAAUACUGGACCGUCCACUUUGCGAACCGCGAGGAGAUCAAGGAAAAGUGCUUUACAACGCGUGGCACCGUUAUUAAUCACAAGCCGUUCGACCUGCAACUGCGUCUAAUGGGCGUCCGAGGGCCCACUUUGCAGGGGCGCUACAAGGCAGUGAUCACCUUUGAGGCUUACGACGAGAGGGAUGUUCCGCGAAAGAACUCCAUAUGCUUCGAAAUCAGGGGAGAGGCUGAGAAGAUAAAUGACUAAGACUUUCAGGCUCUGUGGCAACCGGAAAUCGAUAGCUUAAAAAUGUUUCUAUCUUAAAAAAAUACAUUUUUUUUUUUUCAUUUUUCGUUUUUAAUAAAAAUUAUUUGCAUAACUCUUA